AUGGCUAUGAUCCCUGACACUGGCCUUGUUGUCUCUAUCCUUGGCGCGGGGCCAGAGGUUUCGAGUGUUUGGGCGCAGCUCGCGACUCUCAAUAUCGUCGAGGCGCUGAUUCCAGCUAUGGACAUGGCAGCUCGUGAUGAAGCCAAGGAUCGGUUCUCUGGAAACUAUAUCGAUCAGAACACGGGGUCUUGGCUUACCCUCUCAUUGGAUGAGGAACCUGGUCUAGUCUUGAGUAACUGGACCGCCCGAGGCUUCGACGUCCUACCCAACUUGAACCGCUUCCAGCCUGGAAGAUACAGCGAUACCACUGAUUCGGGCAUCAAGAGUGUUCGGCUAUACCCUACUGGUAUUCAGAACAGCUCUCGGGCUGCAUGGAGAUCUGUGUUCCCGACACUCAGUGACAAGGAAGCAGAGAUGAUUGAAGGUUUGACUAAGGUCAAGGAUGUGACGUGCAUUACUUGGCAUAUGCUCAAUCGCUUUAUUUACAAGGGCCUUUCUAUGAAUCACUUUGAGUUCAAUUAUGGAAAUGAUGGGAAGGCUGUUACUGGACUCCUGGUCGGGUUCUCUACCCUUUCGACUGCACUCGCAACUCCUACAGGCCACGCCAAGAACUGUGUCCAACUCCAGAUUCCCGUUACGGCCUCAGCCAACAACACCCACUACAACUCCGUCAAAGUCGAAAGCAACAUCGACCUUGUAGACUUUGUUUGGGACACUUCGACCUGGUCCCACGCCAACAGGAGCGUUGAAGUCCUUCCCGUUCACGGGACUUAUUCUAUAAGCGCUCAGCUCUGCAUUCCUGCCGAUGGCAAGAAGUCGGAUGUCUUGCAGAUCGCCACCCAUGGUCUAGGUUUCGACAAGCGAUACUGGGACCCUGAACUCAAGCCUGAGAAGUAUUCUUAUGUUGAUGCUGCUCUCGCAAAGGGGUACUCUAUCCUGACUUAUGAUCGUCUCGGAACUGGCAAGUCCACCAAAGCCGACGGAUACAACGAGGUCCAGCUUGGAUUGCAGGUCGCAAUCCUGAAAGAGCUCACUAUUCUCGCUAGAGAUGGAAAGCUACUUGAGUCGUCCAAAGCUACCGGCAAACGUCCCCAGAAGUCUUUCUACGAUUACAAGCCCAAGAAAGUCGUUCACGUAGGACAUUCAUUUGGUUCCGCCACAACAAGCGGUCUUCUCUCUCUCCACGGUAGUCUCAGCGACGGCGCCAUUUUAACUGGCUUCCUUCCCAACAACCAAAGUGGUAAGGUCGGUGCUAAUACAUUCGGUUUUGAGUUUGCGCGACAGCAUGACCCCAAGCGCUUUGGCGAUCGUCCUGCUGGAUAUGCCGUGCAGGCCAGUUUGAGCAGCAUCCAGCAGAUCUUCCUCAAGAAGGGGUCUUUUGAAGUUGAGGCCCUUGAGUAUGCUGAGAAGAUCAAGCAGACUGGUACAGUUGGGGAGUUAUCCUCUGGUCUUCUUACACAGCCUUCUACUGAGUUUAAGGGUCCCCUCCAGUACUUCAUCGGCGAGAAUGAUUACCCAUUCUGCGAUGGUGAUUGCAACAACACCUACGAUAUGGAGACGCUUAAGGGCCUUAAUCCCGCAGCGUCUCAUAUCGGGGUUCACCUACAGCCCGACACAGGCCAUGGUCUUACUCUUUCUACCAAUGCUACGGCGGGUUAUGAAGUCAUGUUAGCCUACUUGGGCUCUCAGGGACUUUAG